AGAGAAGGCUUCUCCGCCCAAAAACGCGACCUUUUCAGAUGCCAACUCUGUGCCUCGCCAAAGAGACGCAACGCAACACCAAGAAUCGAAUCAAAAGUGAUUUGAUUGAUUUUUCUUCCAUAACCUCGCCAAACACUUACACACCUUCUCUUCCCCCCUCCUGAUCCAACGCUCCAGAAAAACCACACCAUCUGAGCCGUCGGUUUGCAGCGCCAUUCGCCCUCCUCUUGUCACUUUGUGUGUGAAGUAUGGUGGUCAUGAGAUUCAUGACUCCGCCAAAUCAUUAAACAAGAGAAAGCUAAUGCGUUUAUCACACACACCACAUUUAACUACAAAUGGAGGAGGAGAUGUUGGUGCCUUCAUGGCUCGAGUCAUUGUUAUCCACAGCCUUCUUCUCCAUCUGCCCAGCACACAGAGAUGCCCCGAGAAGCGAAUGCAACAUGUACUGCCUGGAUUGCCACAACGGGGCGUUUUGCUUUUACUGCAGAUCAUCAAGGCACAAAGAUCACCAAGUAAUUCAGAUCAGACGGUCGUCGUAUCACGACGUUGUUAGGGUGAAUGAAAUUCAGAAGGUUUUGGAUAUCACUGGAGUUCAGACGUAUGUGAUAAACAGUGCGAGAGUGCUGUUCUUGAAUGAGAGGCCUCAGCCCAAAACUGCUGUCAAAGGGAGCUCACAUAUCUGUGAAAUCUGUGGGAGGAGUCUCUUGGACCCUUUUCGGUUUUGUUCAUUGGGAUGCAAGCUUGUAGGACUAAAGAAGAAUGGGGAUGCGAGCUUUAUCUUCAGCGCGAAGAAUGGGGAUGCGAGCUUUAUCUUGAAGACUGGUGAAGAGAAUGAGGAGGGAAGAAGGGAAGGGAUAGCAAUAAGGUUGCUAUCAAAAGAAAGAGAUCAUCAAGAGCAAUUUCCUAGUGAAGCAACAAUGCAACAUCCACAAGAAGAACAAGACAUGUACCAAAGCACUCCUCCUCCACCCCAAUAUUCAAGAUCAAGAAGAAGAAAGGGCAUUCCUCAUAGGGCACCUUUAGGGCCCUAAAGUACAAGUACUAAACAACUAAUCAUGAUGAUCCCUAUAUCUAUCUAGCUAUCUCCCUAGAAUUUGGUCUCAGCCAGCUCAUUUCUCUCAACACCCAUGUGGAUUUUAUGUGUCUAAACAUGGGGAAGAAGCUGUCUUUAUGGGGUUCUAAAGGGGAUUUUUAAGUUGGGAAUUUUUAAUUGGCUUUGGGUUGGCUUUUGGGUGCAAUAAUGCUGCAUUAAUAUUUGAAACAUGCAAGGUGUAAAUGGCAUCCAGAUACACAUGAACGGUUUUAUAUAUUUUCUAUUAAAGAAACCACAGCUCAGUUUAUUUGUUUUAGGCCUCUGAUUGCCUAAAUUAGGGAAGUUGAUUAAUGAAAAUGUGAAAUCAUAUUGUUUUUUU